AAAAAGAGUUACUUAGUUUAGGGAGUCAGACGAUCUGAAGCGGCCUCGGUAGAACUGACGCUAAAGAACUCAGAGUGGACACCCAGUUAUCUUUUUUUGUCCUACUGCCGAGGUUUGGAUAAGUUUUCCUAACAAGCCUCCCUCCAACUCUGUCUUCUUGUUGUCUGUCACCCUUCUCUGAGUCUUUGAAAACUCGCAGUCUAUCUUACUGUAUGUCUACUUUCUGUCCCUUUCUCCCCUCUUGCCUCCGUACUUUUCCAUCUUGCCUGUCCCUUGCAUGUCAAUGCACUUCUUAUCUCUGUAAAUCUAUUCCCCAUCUCCGUCCCUUCCUGAUCUCCCUCCCUCUGGCUAACUGUUCUGGCACACCUGUCUCUCCGGCCCUGACUCUUUGAUCCGCUGGCUUAUCACAUUCUCAAGGUCUCUGAGAUGUCUUUCUUUCCUACCCGUUUCUCUGUCUCUGUGUCUGUUCCCUUUCACUGCCUCCCCUCACCUCUCUCUCUCUGCCCCCCACAUGUCUCCGAGUCCGCCCAGCGGGUUACCUUAGAGACGCCGAGCCCGCCUACCGCCGCGGGGACAAAGCCCGGUCUUCGCGCUGCGCCGGCGAGCACGGACUACCUGUCUGACUACACCUUCCAGAAAGCACCGGGCUGAGCCUCUACAUUUUGCCGAGCGGGCGGGAGAUGGAGGAGGUGCCCCGCAAUCCCCGCAGGGGGUUGCCAGGGAGAUGCGGGCUGACCUAAUCCUAACGAGGGCAGUGAUUGGUGUAAAACCCUGCUAAUCCUGGGAAGGCCUGUAGAGAAUUGGGGGAAACGUGGUGGGGGGAGGUGCGCUGUUGGGAAGGCGGUGCUCCUGUGCGUUGCCUCUCUGAAAAGCUUGCUCACGCCGACGGGGCCUGGAUACCUGGAUGUGAGGCGGGAGGCGCGCGAAGAGGCGUUGGGGAGUGUGACCUGAUCGCUGCGAACGCUUCCCUGGGAAACAAGGGAGACGGGGUGGAAACUGAAGUGAGGGUGGGGGAAGGGCAAACAGCUGCUCGGGCUGGAGCGUGGAGCAUUCUGGGAGACAUAGCUCGGCCGGGGAGGGGUAGCUGCGAGUGCGCAUGCUCAGGAGCGCGGAGCGGCCCGCUGUACGCGGAGGUGAGGGCGGGGGUCUUCUAAACUCGGAAGGCCCAGGCGGGACCCGGGGCGGCCACUGCCCACUUGUAGAUUCCGGCUGCCCGGUGGGACCGGGAGCACGGGGCCGGGACAUUUGCCCUCCCUGCAGACGGGCCUGAAGCUGUCGCGCAAACCUUGUCAGUCACUGACCCUUGCCACGGCGGCAGCCUCUGGAGGCCCCGCCUAGUUGCCAUAGCGGUUCCAGGACCUGCCAGGCUCCCUAAAGUGGAAUUUGCCCGCCAAGACUUGUGGUGAAUGUAGUUCAGAAACCUCCACAGGGACCGGCAGCCUUGGCGAUGCCCAACUCUCUCCCAGUGUUUCAGAUUGACCUGGAAUCUUGAGGAACGGAGGUUUGACUUAGAGGAUCAGGCGGCCCUCAAAAUCGAAUUCACCCCGUUAAUAAACUCAAAUUCCUUCACAAAUCCGGUGCCUUACCCACAGCUGCUGAAGGAGCAGCACAAACGGGGGAGGGUGGAUUCUCCAUUUGCAAAUGAGGAAACCGAGAUUCACAGAGGGACAGCGACCUGCCCAGGUUACGUAGCAAGUAGGUGGGAUCAGGCGUGCAGGCACCCGGCAGCUCCCCUAUCACCUAGCCCGACCUAAAUCAGGAAGCUGUGAAGACAGUGGGGCAUUGUGUGCUGUUAUAAAUUGGGUUCAGAGGAUGGGGCUGAAUGCAGGGAGGAUGCUGCCUGGGAGCUAGGCCACACAGGUGACCUUGCACAGGUGGAGAGGGGGCUGGGGCGGUGUUUGGGGACAGACAGGUAGAGGGAAGCUGCCCUGGGUAACCAAGCCGGAAGGAGAAUGGUCUGAGUCUGGGUAGAGGGGGCGGUGAUGCAAUGAUGAGCUGGGUGUGGGUGGGAGGUAGUUAAUGGUGCUGAUGCCCAGCCAGUGGGUCUUAUAGUAGGUGUCGUUAACCUGGUAGGGGGAUAGCUGCACGGCAAGAAUGAGGUGGUGCUUGUAAAGGGAGGACAGAAUUUAAGAGAGAGAAUAGGUGCUUUCUGUGCCUACGAAGCAGCCAGUAUUUGGAGCUGGGGACUCCAAAGACUACCAGAGACUGUUCAGGCACAGCUACGGAGGCCAGGGACGUGGGUGACUCAUAGAAGGCUUACCAGCCCCAUGGGUCCCUGGCACUAUCUCUGUGAUCAUCUCUCUGUACCUCAGUUUCCUCAUCUUUUGUCUACUUGAGAGUGAAACAAUACAGCACAGAGUAGGUAUUCAAUUAGCAGUCGCUGCCUCUCCGUUUCUCCUCAUCAAAGCAGCCCCAUCCCAUUCCUCCGCCAGGGGCUAACACUGGCCUUGGAGCUCCAGACCAGUCUCUCUGAUGAGGCCCACAGCACUGGGCUCCCCAGGCCACACACCGCUGGAAGAUGGGGAACCUGUCAUGGUGAAGUUGGAAGACUCUGAGGAGGAGGGUGAGGCUGCCCUGUGGGAUCCCGGCCCAGAGGCUGCACGCCAGCGUUUCCGGCACUUCCGCUAUGAGGAGGCAGCAGGGCCCCAAGAGGCCUUGGCCCAGCUGCGCGCCCUGUGCCGGGACUGGCUGCGGCCCGAAGUGCACUCCAAGGAGCAGAUGCUGGAGCUUCUGGUGCUGGAGCAGUUCCUGGGCGCACUGCCUCCUGAGAUCAAGGCCUGCAUAAGGGGACAGCAGCCAGGCAGCCCUGAGGAGGCUGCUGCCCUGGUUGAGGGACUGCGCCGGGAGUCAGGAGGGCCCCGGAGAUGGGUCACAGUCCAGGUGCAGGGCCAGGAGGUGCUAUCAGAGAAGAUGGAACGCUCCGACUUCCAGCACCUCCCUCAAACCAAGCUUCAGACUCCAGAACCUGGGCCUGAGAAGUCCCCUGAGGCCACACAGGAAUGCUUGCUGGGCCUUCGGGUGAAAGAGGAGCCUGAGAUUACAGAGGACCCAGAGCUCCAGGAUGCUGAACCUCUAGCCAAGCCCCAGGAGGCCACUUCCACUCUCCAGCCUGAAGAGGUCCAGGGCUGUGGGAUAGCACUGGACCAGGCCUCUCCCCACAGCAAGAUUGGGCCUGAGGGGCCCUCAUGGAGGGAGCACUCUGGGGCCCUGUGGCAGGAGGACGCUGGCAGAGUCUUCUCUCCAGGGUUUGCACUCCAAAUAGACAGCGUCGCUGCUGGCCCUGGCACCGUGAGCCCCCACCUCCAUAUCCCGUGGGACCUUGGUGUGGCCAGUCUUACAGGCCAACGGCUGACACCCUCCCAUGAAGGUAGCGUCCCCCACACACUCCUGCUCUCCGGCAACCCAAGAAGUGACCAGGAACCUAUGGAUGAGGAUCCCCACUACAGCGUGGGCUCUGUACUGACCACUAACCGCUGGCGUGCCCCCAGGGGCCGGGGCCGCGGUCGCGGCCGCCCAAACACAGGUGCUGGAGCCGUGCGAGGUGGCCGAUGCGACGUGUGCGGGAAGGUGUUCAGCCAACGCAGCAAUCUGCUGAGGCACCAGAAGAUACACACCGGAGAGCGGCCCUUCGUGUGCGGUGAGUGCGGCCGCAGCUUCAGCCGCAGCUCACACCUGUUGCGCCACCAGCUCACGCACACGGAGGAGCGACCAUUCGUGUGCAGCGACUGCGGCCAGGGCUUCGUGCGCAGCGCGCGCCUAGAAGAGCACCGACGCGUGCACACCGGAGAGCAGCCCUUUCGCUGCGCCGAGUGCGGCCAGAGCUUCCGGCAGCGCUCCAACCUGCUGCAACACCAGCGCAUCCAUGGAGACCCCCCAGGCCCUGGCACUACGCCCCUAGCUCCUACUGGCGAGCCAGAGGCCCCAGGCCCCUUCCCUUGCAGUGAGUGUCGUGAGAGCUUCGCGCGGCGUUCCGUACUGCUGGAACACCAGGCGGUGCACACAGGUGAUAAAUCAUUCGGCUGCGUGGAGUGCGGAGAACGCUUCGGCCGCCGCUCAGUGCUGUUGCAGCACCGGCGUGUACACAGCGGCGAGCGGCCCUUUGCCUGCGUUGAGUGCGGCCAGAGCUUUCGACAGCGCUCCAACCUCACGCAGCACCGGCGUAUCCACACAGGCGAGCGGCCCUUCACCUGCGGCGAGUGCGGCAAGGCCUUCCGUCAGCGGCCCACGCUCACGCAGCACCUGCGCGUGCACACGGGCGAGAAGCCCUUUGCCUGCCCCCAGUGCGGCCAGCGCUUCAGCCAGCGUCUCAAACUCACGCGCCACCAGCGGACACACACUGGCGAGAAGCCCUACCGCUGUAGCGAGUGCGGCCUGGGCUUCACGCAAGUCUCACGGCUCACCGAACACCAGCGCAUCCACACCGGCGAGCGGCCUUUCGCUUGCCCCGAGUGCGGCCAGAGUUUCCGGCAGCAUGCCAAUCUCACGCAACACCGAAGAAUCCACACUGGUGAGCGGCCCUAUACGUGCCCUGAGUGUGGUAAAGCCUUCCGCCAGCGGCCCACACUCACACAGCACCUGCGCACCCACCGGCGCGAGAAGCCCUUUGCCUGCCAGGACUGUGGCCGCCGCUUCCACCAGAGCACCAAGCUCAUACAGCACCAGCGUGUCCACACUGUAGAGUAGCCAGCACUGCACCCGGUCUCUGCGUCCACCCCAGUCUUCUGUGUGGGCGUGGGGGCAGAACACCUACCUCACAGGGUUGUUGUGAGGCAUUAGCAGUCUGCCCGGUACCUGACCCACAGUGGUGCUCAAUAAACAGAUGGAACCUGGGUCCGGGUAUCCACCCACUCAGCGCCUUCCUACCUGCACAGGUCC